AUGGAUAAAAAAAGAUUAUCAGUUGUUGAUGAAGAUGAUAAUCUAGACAGUUUAGAGUUAGAUGAAGACUAUAGCAAUAAAAGAAUAAAAACAACACACUCCAAUAGUAGAGGUGCACCAUCAUUGGUAUCAGCAUCGGCAUCGAUAAAUGCAUCAUCAAAAAAUAAAGCGAUAUUAUUAGAGUUAAUUAGUGAUUUUCUAUCCAGAAAUCAAAAUUUUGCAAGAUUUUUAAAAGAGAAUAAUGUUAGACUUGGUGAUCCCAUUAUAAUUCAAGAUAUUGGGAAAUGUAGAAAAAAAUUAAGUAUAUUUUUUAAAGAUGAUUCAGCUAUUCAAAUGUUCAAAGAGGGUUUUUCAGAUUUCUUAAAGGAAGAAAAAAUGUUAGAGUUGGCGUUAUUACCAGUGGUUUCCGAUGAUUUUGACAAUGAAAAUAAUGGUUUUCAAUCAUUCUUCCUCGAAAGUUUUAUUAAAUUAUUUUUAAGCGUUCCAGUACUCCAGCCAGUAGUUAUCGAAGUUUUAUUUGAUUUAAUGCAAAAUUAUUUAUCUGACGACCCAUAUAAUUUUAUUAAAAAAAUUUGUUCACAACUUAGAUGGAUGGAUAGUAUUACAAACUCUGAUCAGUUUUCAAAGCAUAUAGAAGAUUUAUUACAAGCACUUUCAGGUAAUUUGGAAUUAAAGAAGGAAAUUCUUGGGUUUCUACCAGAUAUCACCGAUGAUUUAUGUCAAAAGAAUUUGGUCGAGGAAUUGGUAAAUACAUUUGACAACGAACCAACAUUGGUAUUACAAGUUAUCGAUGUUUUAAAAAACAUGAACCUAAACACAUCACAACUAAAUGAGGUUAGAUCAAAAAUUUCAGACUCAUUAGUUUCAUCAGAAAUGAAUGAUCUGCCAUUAAUGAUUGAUUUUUUAUUACUAACAAAUAACCCAAAAGAAUCAUCACAGACAGUUAAAUCAAUAAGAAAUGGAUUAAAAUUUUCAUCAAAUAAUAAAAAUACAUCAAAUGAUUUAAUUGAUUAUGACAAGAAAAAAAUUUUAAAUGAUUUAAAUAAAAAUAAACAAGCCGAGGUUUUAAUAAUGGAAGUAAUUAGAUCUGGUAUUAGAUUCAAAAAAGAGCUAUGGACUGCAUUCCUAAAAGAAAUAGCAGGUAUUAAUAGUUCAAAAGAACAUAAAAUCAUCGAUAUAUGGCUAUUGAUUUUAAUUAAUUCAAUUGGUCAAACAAAAGAAACAGAAAUUUUAUUCAAAAAGAAAAUUUUAAGUGGCCACUUUACAAAACAAUUACUAUUAGACUCAAUUAUUACCCAUGACUUUGCUUUAAAAUCGUCACACGAGCCCAGAGUUAGAUUGUUUGGAUCACUAUUUUAUCAAUAUUUAUAUGGUAGUUUUAAUGAAAUUUCAUUAAGACAGGAUUUAAUAGAAUUGUUAUUGUCGCAUGUAUGCUCAAACAAUAUCACAGAGGUCAAUACUGGUUUAGACGUUCUAUUAGUGCUAUGCAAAUAUCAUUUAGAAUCACUCAAAUAUUUUACAACAUUUAUUAAAUCAAUAUUAGACCACAUCAAUUUCUUAAACGAAAAUCAAAUUAGAAAGCUUUUCAAGAUUUAUGGAUAUUUAUUGUAUGAUAUGAAAGUUACCAACACAAGCUACUCUUUGGCACCCAAUGGUUCAAUUUAUAAUGAAUUGGAUAUUUUUACAAGAAAGCAAAUCACAAACCCAUUUAUCAAAUACAAAAAAAUUGGUAUUAUUUCACUUUGCUCACAAUUGUCAAGAUUAGCUAGAAUCGUUUACAAGGAUAACAAUCCCACAGAGUAUUUAGAUUUACCACAAGAUUUGGAAAGAGAGUGCUCUGAAAUUUUAAACAACCUCUACAACAACUGCAAUAGCUCACAAUUAGCAUUAGCAUAUUUAUAUGAUGAAUUAGUAAAUAACUAUCUGGAUGAAAAUUUUCAUUUAACCAUUGUCACCGUCAUCAGCGAAAAGUUUAUUACCGAUUUCCAAAGACGUUUUGUUGAAAGUAUAUCCGGUGAUACCACAUGGUGUGCUCCAAUAGGCCACGAGUCUGAAUAUGAUUCGAUUGUAAUUUACCCAAGCUUAAAAGAUAUGGAAACCAAAGAUAAAUUGCUUUGUCUCUCACCACACUUUCGUUUAUUGCAAACAUUGGAAAGAGCUAAAUCCGUAGGUUCACUCGAAGAAAUUGAUAAUCUUUUAGUAAUUCCAUUCAAAAUGUUUAAUAAGGAUGCACUAAAAGAAUCGAAAUUAUCAGAUGACAAAGAUAAAGAAUUUUAUAGUUUAUCAUUGUUUUAUUUAAUUAAUUUUAUUAAAGAAUUAUUAAAUGCAUUUUCGACUCAAUUAAAUCAACAACCAAGAAGAAUUGGCGAUAGCUCUCAAAAUAUAUUCAAUUUUGCAGGUGGUAAUAAUAGUCGUCAACAAACAAAUAUCCUUGAAAUCAAACUAAAGCUAUUAACAAGAUUAAAAGAUUUAAUUGAAAUGGAAGAUUAUUUUGAAUUGGUACUUUCGUGCAGCCCAUCUUUUUCAAUUCCAUAUGGCACUUUCGAUUUUGAUCAAAGAAAAAGUUUUACAAUCGAUUUUAAAAAAACCAAAAGACCAACACCAGUCUAUUCACUUUAUCCAAUCGAUACCAAAGAUUUUAAGCUACCAACCGAAACAUAUAUUGAAUUAGAAAAGCCAUUUAUCAAACUCAUCAAGCCUCAUUUUAGACUUUUAGAUCUUUCAGUGUUUUUAAUUCUUCAACAAACCCCACAAACUGGUGCAAAUUCCAAUUUAGAAGGUUCAUCGUUGCUCUAUCUCUUAGAAGACUUUUAUAAUAAACUUAUGGUUUUAACAACUCAAGAGAAAACUGGUCCACUAGCCACAAUGCAACCAAAAUCAACAUUACCAUAUAGCUUUACUGAUUUUAUAAAGAAUUGUCAAUUUGUAUUUCCAAAUCUAUGUUCAUAUUUAGAUAUAAAUGUUAAAAAUUUUGUAAAAAAUAGGGUUCAAUUAUUAAAAGAAUUAAAAAAAUCUAAAGAAUUGUAUCAGGAACUAAUCAACAACCAGGAUAAAGACGAUGAAGAAGAGGAUGAUGGCAAUGAAGAUGUUAACAACGAAGAGUUAAAAAAGAAAAUUAAAAAUCAAUGUAAAAUUAUUUUAAAGUUAAAUGAAGAACAAAUUAUAUUACAACAUUGCAUCCAGCUCUUAUUAAAGUGUUUUGAAAGAUUAUUCCAGAGUGGUGACUUGGCUAGUGCCGAAACAAACAAUAACUCAUUUUACACAGUUAUGCGAUUAAUUUACGAAAAGGUUAAAAGCUCGUUUGCCUCUGAUCAAAAUACCAUCGAUACAAGCAGCCAAACAGUAGGUUCACUCCAAAUUAUGUCAUUAAGAAUCUUUUCAUAUUUUGAAAGAUUAAUCAAACCUCUUGUCGCAAGUAAAAGUUUUAAAGCAACACUAUCACUAUUAGAGGUUUUAGUAUCCCUUUCUUCAAACUCAUGGUGUCCAGGCAAUCGUGAAAAUGACGAAUUAAAUAACAAAAUCUUUAGAUUCUCUUAUAUAUUACUUUCAACUCCAUGGACCCAAGGUGAAAAACAAAAAGUCUCAACAACCAAUCUUAGCUUUAUUUUAAAUACUUUUCUAAACUAUUGCAAAUCACCAAGACAUUCCUUAAAAAUUUCAAUUCUAUUUUUGUACACCUAUUUAAGAGACAAUAAAAAUAAAUCUGGUGGUGAAAAGAAUGUAGUUACUAUAAAGGGUUCAUCAAAAAGAUCAACAAAGAAAAAGAAUAGUGACCACGAAAGCGAUAAUGACGAAGAAAACAGUGGUAAUGAACAACAGCAGGGUUCAGAUCGCAAGGAAAUGGAUGAGGAUGAAGAAUUAGAAGAAUUGAAAGGUAAUAAAUAUGAAGAUUUUAUGCAAAGUGAAGAGGAUAUUACCGAAAUUGACUCAACAUUAAUAAACCCAAUGAAUUGUUUAGUAUUUCUCAAAACUAUUUUUGGUAGUCUUAAUAAUCUCUUUUCAAAUUUCGUUAAUCAAUACAGAGAUAAAGAUCCUUCAAUCUCAUCUGUUCUCUCAGAAAAUAAUCAAUGUGUAUCAUAUUUUGGUAGACUAGUAGAAACCUAUCUUUUUAGAGAUAAAUCACUUUAUUUAUCUGAAAUAUUAAAACAAGGUGUAGCUUUUGUAAAUGUUUAUUCUAAGUUUUUAGGUAUUCUUAAAACGAUACUCAAAAAAAACGAAAGUGCUGUCUCUGAUUUCCUAACCAUUUUUGACAAACUACAAACUGGCACAAGAAUUCUUCAUAACAUUUGUGACCACGGAAAAAAAUCAAAAGACUCUUUAAUUACAGCUUUUGUUCCACAAGCAAAGAGAACUCUAGAAACUUUAAAUAUGGAUAUCAAAGUAUUAUUAUCAUCUAUGAAUGCAUUAAAUGCUUUUAGUACCAAAAAAAUUAAUAGAACAAAUCUUAAUGGAAAAGAAAUUUCAUCAUCACAAGAAAGCGAACAAGAAGAAGAGGAAGAGGAAGAAGAGGUAGAAAGUGAAGGAGAAUCAAUAAGUGAACAAGAGGAUGAAGAUGAACAAGAGGAUGAGGAUGAAAAUAAAAAUAAAAGUAAAAAAAGAAGUAUCAAUAUUAGCAAAAAGAAAAAUAUUAAAACAGUAGAUUCUGAUAGUGAGAAGAAAUCUAAAUCGAAAUCGAAAUCAAAACAAAAAUCGAAUGGAACAAAUAAUAAAAGAUUAAGAAAACUUAAAGACAUUUCAGAUAAUAGUGAUGAAGAAAUGGAUAAAGAAAGUGAUAGUGAUAGUAAAUCAAGAAGUGUUUCCCGUGGUAGAAGUCGUAGCCGUAGUCGUAGUCGUAGCAGUGUUAACCAUCAAAGACUUAAAAAAUCAAAAGAUAUUAGUCCUAGUCCUAGUCGUAGUCCUAGUCGUAGCAAUAGCAGUAUUAGCAAUAAUGAUGACCAAAGUCCAAUUGCAAGCGAAGCUGAAGAAGGUGAUGAAUCUGAGCACAGUAGCUCCGAACCUGAAGGGAUCGAUAUUGAUUCAGACCACAGCUCAGAUGAUCGUAAAAAUAUCUCAAGUAACAACGAAGAUGAAGAAGAGGAAGAAGAUAUUUUGAGUGACUAA